AUGUCUUUUCUCCUCCGCACCACCAACCUGGUCCGCCAGAGGCUCUUCACCACGUCAUCACGUGCCCGCACAGCCAUCUCGGUGCAAGAUGCUGCUGCAGCCCACAUGGCAGCCACCCCCGGUGCCAGCGUGGUCCCCCGCCUCGGAAGAGUAGCAAGAUGGUACCUCCCUACCAUGGCCAUGGUAGCCAUCGGCUUUGGUGUGACCAAUGCACUCAACGAUGCCAACCGCAGGGUUCACUCUGCUCGGGAGCUCACCCAGGAGCAGAAGAACCAAAUGCUCAUGGACGCUUAUGGCGAGCGCUCCAGCCUGGCUGACAUGGAGAGAGCCAUGGCAGGCCUUGAGGCCAGAGCCGCUGCCCCCAAGAAGAGCAGGAACCAGAUCCUGGAAGAGGCAUAUGGCGACAAGACCAGCAUUGCCGAUCUCCAGAGGGCCAUGGAGAUUUACGAGGUUCAGUGA